AUGGCGCCCCCACCCUCGCCUAAGAGGGUUUCAGACCCCAUCCUCGAUGCCUGCCUCAAGGAGGACCCGCUCUCCAAGGUUGCUUGCGAGACUGCCGCUAAGACCGGUAUGAUUAUGGUCUUCGGCGAGAUCACCACAAAGGCACACCUCGACUACCAGAAGAUCGUCCGUGGCGCCAUCAAGGACAUUGGCUACGACUCUUCGGAGAAGGGCUUUGACUACAAGACAUGCAACGUCCUCGUCGCCAUUGAGCAGCAGUCGCCCGACAUUGCCCAGGGUCUCCACUACGAGGAGGCUCUUGAGAAGCUCGGUGCUGGUGAUCAGGGUAUCAUGUUCGGCUAUGCCACCGACGAGACCCCUGAGCUCCUUCCUCUGACUGUCCUUCUCUCCCACAAGCUCAACUCGGCCAUGACCGCUGCCCGCAAGGACGGCUCUCUCCCAUGGCUCCGACCUGACACUAAGACUCAGGUCACCGUUGAGUACGCUCACGAUGGCGGUGCCGUCAUUCCUCUUCGUGUCGACACUGUCGUCGUCUCUGCCCAGCACAGCGAGGACAUUACCACCGAGGAGCUCCGCAGUGAGAUCAAGGAGAAGAUCAUCAAGAAGGUCAUCCCUGCCAAGAUGCUUGACGACAAGACCGUCUACCACAUCCAGCCCUCUGGUCUCUUCAUCAUCGGUGGACCUCAGGGUGACGCCGGUCUUACUGGCCGUAAGAUCAUCGUCGACACCUACGGUGGCUGGGGAGCCCAUGGUGGUGGUGCUUUCUCCGGCAAGGACUACUCCAAGGUCGACCGCUCGGCUGCGUACCUUGCGCGCUGGAUCGCCAAGUCGCUCGUCAACGCCAAGUUGGCCCGUCGCGCACUCGUCCAGCUGUCCUACGCCAUCGGUGUCGCCGAGCCCCUCUCCCUCUUCGUUGAGACCUACGGCACCUCUGAGCGCUCUUCUGACGAGCUCGUCGAGAUUGUCAAGAACAACUUCGACCUCCGCCCCGGUGUCAUCGUCAAGGAGCUCAACCUCAUCAACCCAAUCUACUUCCAGACCGCUAAGAACGGUCACUUCACCAACCAGGACUUCACCUGGGAGAAGCCCAAGGAACUCACCUUCUAAUUUCCCUCUUCCUUCUCUCCUAAUGCCAUUGUUUUGCAUAUAAGAACGCGUAGGGGUUGAAUCAACUUCAUCCCUUUGCACACUUCACGGGGGCUAUUUUUCUUUCACACAACACACCAAUCACGAUGAUUCAACGACAUUUAUCAUCAUCACCGUCGUCCACUACUUGCGACGACGAGACCAAGGAUUUUUGCAUAAUCUUCUGGACGACGAGGAGGGCGGGUAACAAUGACCUUUUCAACAAGUGUUUAUCGGCGUCCAGGGCAUUCUCUUAUACCCAAAUGAUACCAGCCCGUUGUUUGCUUUCCUCAACACAAAAAGUUUCCUCUUUUUUUUUUAAACAUAUACACUGAGAAACACGUUAUAGAGCGGGUGCGCAGUCCCACUGUCGGUUCUGAGCAUAGAUGGAGAGAGAAAGCGUUUUUCAACACACACACACACACACCACCAAUGUCUGGUGAGUACUGCAGUACGGUAUCAACACGUAUCUGCGUUUUCGCACGUUGUCUUUGAUAGAGCUUGCGUCGUGGAAGAUGGCGGCUUGCGCGCAGGGUUGAGAUGGGAAUGUGAAUCAAGAGCCUCGUUUUGCGGGGUGGGGUUUAUCAAACCAUGUUGACUG